AUGAGCGCGCAGACGUCUUCGCAGCCGCACCCACUGAAGGAUCGCUGGUUCGUCACGUAUUUUCCAUUUGUCCGACAAAAGAAGAAGGGAAAGGACUUUGAUGAGCAGCAAAAGCCAAAGGAACUGGACUGGGUGACGACAGCCGAGGAAUUGUACGCCACCAUCAAUUCUUUCCCUUCGCUUGUGUUGCUGCCGUCAGAUGACAACUUGGUCUUUGCCCGCAACAAGGUGGAGCCAUACUUUGAGAACUUUCCUGAAGGCGAUCGUGUCUGUGUCUUUACGCGGACAAAGGCGCAGAGUGAACAGGCUGUGGUGUUGGUGCUCGCAGCUGUCAUGGGGGAACACUUGCGAAGUGUAACGGACUCUGAAUGUGUCGCCGAUGUUGUGCGCAUUGCACAUAAACCUGGGAAUGUGUAUCCGGAGUCAUUGCGGGUAGAGGUGUGGCUGCACAAGAGUGAUUUCUGUGAAAAGGUGGUGCAGUACUUUGUUGACCUAUUCAAGACUUACCCCGGCAUCAGAGUCGCUCGUCGUCCUAUCAGCAGUGAAGUCACCGCCGAUUGA